AUGAACAAGAUGAAAAAUUUCAAGCGGAGGUUUUCACUCUCGGUUCCCCGGACAGAGACCAUUGAGGAGUCACUGACGGAGUUCACGGAGCAGUUCAACCAGCUCAACAACCGGAGGAAUGAAGGGCACCUGCAGCUGGGACACCUGGGCAGGGACUUCCGAGCAGACACCAGCCCCAUCUCCCCCUCCGAGGUAGAAGGCCAGUCGCCGAUGGCCGUGCGCUACCGCAACAACAACCAGCGCCGAUUCUCCAUGGAGGAUGUCAGCAAGCGUCUCUCCCUGCCCAUGGACAUCCGCCUGCCCCCCGAGUUCUUGCAGAAGCUGCAGAUGGAGAGCCCGGAGUUCCCCAAGCCCCUCAGCAGGAUGUCCCGACGGGCUUCCCUCUCAGAUAUUGGGUUUGGGAAGCUGGAAACCUAUGUUAAACUGGACAAACUGGGAGAGGGCACUUACGCCACGGUGUUCAAGGGACGCAGCAAGCUGACCGAAAACCUCGUUGCCCUGAAGGAGAUCCGCCUGGAGCAUGAGGAAGGGGCACCGUGCACAGCCAUACGGGAAGUGUCGCUGCUGAAGAACCUGAAACACGCCAACAUCGUGACCCUGCACGACAUCAUCCACACAGAGCGCUCCCUCACCCUCGUCUUCGAGUACCUGGACAACGACCUCAAGCAGUACCUUGAUAACUGUGGCAACCUGAUGAGCGUGCACAACGUGAAGAUCUUCAUGUUCCAGCUGCUGCGUGGUCUGGCUUACUGUCACGGGAGAAAGAUCCUGCACCGAGACCUCAAACCUCAGAACCUGCUCAUCAACGAGAGAGGAGAGCUGAAGCUGGCUGACUUUGGACUGGCCAGAGCCAAGUCAGUCCCGACAAAAACGUAUUCCAAUGAAGUGGUCACGCUGUGGUACCGGCCCCCCGAUGUCCUGCUGGGAUCUACCGAAUAUUCCACACCCAUCGACAUGUGGGGCGUUGGGUGCAUCCACUACGAGAUGGUCACCGGGCGGCCCAUGUUCCCCGGCUCCACGGUGAAAGAAGAGCUGCAUUUGAUCUUCAGGCUGCUGGGGACCCCAACAGAAGACACCUGGCCUGGAAUAACAUCCAACGAGGAGUUUAAGGCUUACAAUUUCACGCAGUACCGAGCCCAGCCGUUAAUAAAUCACGCCCCAAGGCUGGACUCAGAAGGCAUUGACUUGCUGAUGAACCUCCUUCUGUACGAAGCCAAAGGCCGGAUUUCGGCGGAGGCAGCCCUGCGGCAUGCUUACUUCAAGAGCCUGGGAGAGCGGGUGCAUCUCCUGCCUGACAACGUCUCCAUCUUCUCCCUGAAGGAGAUCCAGCUUCAAAAGGACCCUGGCUACCGAGGCUCAGCCUUUCAGCAGUCAGCCCGAGGGAAGAACAGGAGGCAGAGUAUAUUUUAA